AUGUCUCUCAACCAGUACCACCACCAACAGCAGCAGCAACCAUCGCAUGUGCACCCUCAAAUAUGGCAGACAUGCACCGGCGCUGCCGUCCAAAUACCAAAGUUGCAUUCCAGAGUUUACUAUUUUCCACAAGGCCACUUAGAACAUGCUUCUUCUUCCUCCUCCAAUGCUUACAUUCACUCCCUUGAUCUUCAACGUUUUCGUCCUUUCACUAUCUGUAUCAUCUCCGCUGUUGAUCUCCUCGCCGAUCCUCACACUGAUGAGGUCUUCGCUAAACUGCUGCUCACUCCUGUAACCAAUAAUUCAUGUGUUCAAGAUCCUCAUGAGGUUCCUAAUUGCAGCAACGACGAUGAUGUCUGCGAUGAGGUAAUUGAUUCGUUUACAAGGAUUCUCGCCCUUACUAAUGUAAGCAAGCAUGCAUUCUACAUACCUCGGUUUUGUGCUGAAAAUAUGUUCCCGCCGCUUGGCAUGGAGGUUUCUCAACACCUCCUCGUCACUGACGUUCAUGGUGAAGUUUGGAAGUUUCACCAUGUCUGCCACGGCUUUGCCAAGAGAAACGUCUUUUAUACCUCUGAAUGGGCUUCGUUUGUUGAGAGGAAGAAACUCGACGUCGGAGAUGCUGUUGUUUUCAUGAAAAACUCCACGGGAAAAUUAUUUGUUGGGAUUCGCAGGAAAGACGCCGCGGAGCAAAAGAAAGAUGAGUUGGAGAAGGCAGUAAUGGAGGCAGUGAAGUUGGCAGAGGAGAACAAGCCAUUUGAAAUUGUUUACUAUCCUAGAGGUGAUGAUUGGUGUGAUUUUGUAGUGGAUGGUAAUAUUGUUGAUGAAUCAAUGAAGAUUCAAUGGAACCCUAGAAUGAGAGUUAAGAUGAAGACUGAUAAAUCUUCAAGGAUCCCAUAUCAAGGGACAAUCACUACUGUAUCUCGUACUUCUAAUUUAUGGCGCAUGCUUCAGGUUAAUUGGGAUGAAUUUCAAAUCUCGCAAAUUUCAAGACGAGUCAGCCCGUGGUGCGUUGAGCUUCACAAACCUGCUCCGACGCCAUUCCCCCAAACAAAAAAAUUUAGAACUACUCAAAGUUCUGCCCAACUAAGUGAUAAAAAGGAAACAUUAUUGAAUGAUGAUGGUUUUCCUGUUGAUAUACAGCGAGUGAGGCAUGAUCUUGUUUCCAUAUCAGGUCCUAUACAUAGCCAUAUUAUUUUGAACUCCUCUGAGACAAAGUUUCCUGCGACUCACAAUUGCAACACCAAAAAUGACAGUGAUGGUUCAAUUAUGUUAUUUGGUAAGAUCAUACAGCCUCAUGUAAGCAAUUUUCACAAUUCUCAUAUCAAGGGAGAUGAUGGCUAUAAGAGCUGUGGAUUUGGUGUAAAGAACUAG